UGCAGAACACACAGAGAGAGUUAAUGCCCGCGCACGCAUGUUCCCUUCGGACAAGAGUCCUUGUCUAGUAAUCCUUGACAUCGCGAAUAUCAAUAUUUUCAGAUCUUGUGAUUUCGUUGAUCGAGUAACAUUAAACGUUUUACACGAAAUGUCACACGGGGAUAACGGUGACAAGUGAAAGACGAAGGAAUACCGUUGAUUUGUCUUCGGUUCGGUCAAAAAGAGCGGCGUUUGUUUACUAAGUGCGGAGGGGUGGUGGAAGUUCCACGUUCGGUCGAGGAUUCACGAGCAGAUGCUCUCCGCGAGGCAGUUUCCCGCGCGACGCACGUGAGCGUGCCGAGUGGGGCGAUACACGCUGGAAGCAUGGACAAAACUCGUGUAAACUCUUCAAGACAGAUGUGAUGCGUAGAAAGUGGUCGAGACGUCAACGUCGAGAAAACGUGCGCGAAAUAUUUCUCGGAUUUAUUUGAACUUGGUGAACUGGAAGAAAGGAAAAUAACUAUGCGCGUUACCGGGACGCGUUCGAUCGAGUGUAAGAAGAUGUAGUUCGAGAGCUGGUGUUUGUCAACGAAUUCUACGCGGGAAAACAGCAUGGAGAUGGACGAAAUGGAAAGUAUGGGUAUCGGCAACACGCCUCACAGAACAAUAAACGCGAGCAAUCGUAGUUCUCAUGACAGUGGAGAUAGCGGUUACUUUGCUUUUACUCCCCAUUCUGGCGUGUACACGCCGGUGGUUUCAGGAUGCAGAUCUAGGGUGUCUUGUAUUUCUUCGAAAAGGCAUCACAGGCUCAGAGUGGAUCCUCUGCAGUCGGAACGGGGUCAGAGGCAUCGAAUGAAAUUGAAUCACCUGUUACACGCAUCAGAUUCCGGUUAUUUAACAUCUGAAACUCUGGAAACCGGGAGUUUGCUCGAGGAUCAGACAAGCUUGAAUGGCAAUCAUCAGUCGCUCGAGCAUUCGAGUGCCGAAUUGAUUGAUCGAAGCACGGAGUGUCGAGAAUAUGAUCUUCGGACUAGAACGCGUCGAAAUUGGAGGACGACUGUUCCCAUUACGCCAGCUUCGACGAAUUUGCAACUUCUUUCACCGCCACCGUCGCCGGCAGUGCCUUCUUCUUCGUUUAUAGCCUCCGAACCUAUCGAGGACGAUGUAGAAAUGAAGCUAGUCAUCGCGCCACAGAGUACACCCGAGGUAGCUAAUUCGCCUAGGCGCAGAACACCGCUUCCGCCGCCUCCACGUUUCGUGGUUUCGCCAAGCUGUCGAAAAAAAGCUAGUCCUGCGAUCACUUCAGCAGACAACCGUAAGUUAAGUCAGCUCUCUAUCACGGAUCUUGCUACCAUCGCAGAGAUCAAGCCGAAAAGGCUGGACUUUAAUCAAAAUGCCAAGUCCAUUAACUAUUAUCGUACCAGAGCCCACCCAGAUUACACUGGUAGAGAAACCGUAGACAUAUUGGCUCUUCUCGGAGAUAAGAGUAACCAUUGGAGGAUAGUCUCCAAAAUAUUCUCCUACCUCGGACCUCAAGAUCUGUGUUCUGUCAGCAUGGUGUCCAAAACUUGGAGGAGGCUUUGUAAUAACGACUUCAGAGCCAAUACAAGAAGACUGACCCACGUUAUACUCAGACAGAAUGCUAAAGAGAAUUUGAAAUUAAUCAAAAAGUCAAAGAUGGAAGGAGAUCUUCAGUCCAGUCCUAGGAGCAGAUACGCUAGAAAGGGGUUCUUGUUAGAGGUGCAGAAUCUUCUUCAAGAACCAAGGAACCAACGGCAGCCCACCAGUCCGCCUGUUUCUCCUAGUAAAGUGAAAUUUCACUCCUUUGUCAAGUUUUUAUGGGCAGAAAUUCGAAGAAUAAUUAGGCGGUAGUAAUCACCUACGACCCAAGAGCUCAUGAUUUCUUUCAACAGUUGAAGCCUUGUAUAUAUAUCCCCCAGCCUCUCUUUCUCCUCAGCUUGAUAUAAUUUGCACACGAACGAACUCCACGGCGACGCAAGGAAAAUAAUUGUUUCGUUCUUAAUAUCGUUUCUUUGACAUUGAUUUAUCGUGAUUUCUUCUUUGAAACGCCGCCACUCAUCGACCACACCGGUAUUCAGUAUGAAAAAUUGCCCUAGUGACGUUAGCGCGGCUUUAAUCGCAACAAAUUCUCUGUUCUACAAUAAUUAAAGUGUAUCACGCUAGGAGGAGACUUUCGAAAUGAUAAUUACUUUACACUCCGGUACGUAUUGCGAAUGCAUUCGCAAAUGGAACCUGAUUUAUUUUACUUGUAUAAAAUGGACUCUAGAUAUAUUUAUAACUUGAAAAAGAUAAUUGUAACAGUCGAAUCAACAAUUUGAAUUUGAAUGUAA